GCCUCUGAAUAUUUUCAUUGCUUGUGGUUCAGUUCUAACUCAACUCGAAUACUAAGAACACAUCAAGCAGAGAGAUUUAAAGCUGAUUCGUUCAGAGCAUAUAUCUAUAAAGAUGGCACAUUUAAGGAAAGGAACGCUUCUUGGAAUGGGAAAUCCUUUACUCGACAUCUCAGCUGUUGUGGAGCCAGAAUACUUAGUGAAGCACAACCUAGGACCUGACGAUGCUAUUCUAGCUGAGGAUAAACACAAAGAAAUUUUUGUUCAAUUACAAGAGAAGUACAAAGUCGAGUACAUUGCUGGAGGUUCCGUGCAAAAUUCACUAAGAGUUUGUCAGUGGAUCAUCAACCAACCGAAUGUUGCUGUCUUUUUUGGAUGUGUUGGUGAAGAAAAAUAUGCUAAGAUCCUUCAAGAACAAGCAGAGAAAGAUGGAGUUGAUGUUCGUUAUCAGAAACGUAAAGAACACGAGACUGGAAAGUGUGCAGUUCUUGUUACUGGUAAACAUCGAUCAUUGAUCGCUGACUUAAGCGCGGCUAAUCACUUCAGUGAAGAUCACUUAAAGAUUGAAGAGAACUUCAAGAUUAUGACGAAUGCUGAUUUUUAUUAUGUUUCUGGAUUCUUCUUAACUGUUAGUCCACCAUCGAUACUGACUUUUGCUAAGACUGCUCUUGAACGUAAUAAGCCUUUCAUAAUGAAUCUCUCGGCUCCAUUCAUAUCACAAUUUUUCAAAGAACGUUUGAUGGAGGCGAUGCCUUAUAUUGAUAUCCUGUUUGGUAACGAAACUGAGGCAUUGACAUUUGCUACUGAGCAAAAUUUUGAAACCAAGAAUCUCAAAGAAAUCGGUCAGAAGAUGACGAAACUAAAGAAAUUAAACUCGAAUAGGCCACGUGUGGUUGUGCUGACACAAGGACAUAAUCCUGUGUUGUUGUUUGAAAAUGAUACAAUUCGCGAAUUUCCUGUAUUGGAAUUGAAAGAAUCAGAUAUUGUUGACACAAAUGGUGCUGGUGAUGCUUUUGUUGGGGGAUUUUUAGCUCAGCUUAUUCAAAACAAUUCGUAUGAAGAAUGCAUUAAAUGUGGCAUCUGUGCAGCUCGUGCAAUCAUCAAGAGAAGUGGUUGCAGCGUUGGAGGUGACUUUGAAUUUUCAUAGAAAUUCUACAAUAGAAGAUUUGUAAUGUUCAUUAUUUAAUGCUUUAAAUAUAAGAAUAAGAGAAACAAUUGGGACUAAAUUUUCAAAGCCAAACAAUGUAAAACACAAAUCUGAUGAUCUUAAAUCUCCAAGCUUAUUGUUAUAAGUAGAACGAAAAGUCAAUAAAAUGAACUUUGGCACAAAGCAAUACAAAAUAACUUCCAAUUUUUUUUUCGUAUAUACCUAAUCGUUGAGAUUUUCUUUUAAGCCUCAAAUAUUUCUAAAUAAUCAACAAGUAAGUAAAACAUAAGAUGACAAGAAUCAACACAGGUGUUGAAAGAUAAAAUAAAAAAUUUGAUCAAGAUAAA